CCCUGUGAACUCGGCCCCCCUAUGGAACUUACGCCCUUUUUCAUUGUCGGACUUCAUUAGAGCAAAAAUGGCAGAUUGUACGCUUCCAGAAUUGAUGGGCGUGCUCAGGAUACAAGUGCUCGUCAAAUUUCGGUCAAUGUGUUCUCUGAAAAGGCAAGUUUCCUUCUCUCUUCAACCGCGCGCUGCAUGGGAUGGUUUCGUAUUCAUCGUGCCUCUUCUCUCUCUUUGAAUUCAUCCAGAUAUCGUAGUGCGCUUCAUCACAACACUGGUAAUAAAUUCAUCCAGUUUAUUGGUACUUAAGGUUAUUAGUGUCCUCACAUAAGGGAUUCCUUCACCAGAUAUGUAUUACAAUUGGGAACAUAGGACGUUCGAUAGUGAAAGGAACCGAGAUGGGGCAGAACUUCAUUAAUGAGAAGUGUGGCACUAAUAAUUGUGAUGCCGAAGGGAAACUUACUUCUAAGGUUAGUAAGCAUAGGGGUAAUGGGUAUGUAACAAUUUGUGUUAAACUUGUUUCAGCCGCAUCCUUGUGCUUUAGAAACAAUGUCAUUGUUGAAGCUGGAGUUGUUGAAGACCUGGUUAACCUGAUCAAGGAUAAAUUGUUUAUGAACCUUUGUCAGGAUGCAAAUGCUUUGGGAUGAGAUGUUUACUUCAAUAUGAUUUUUAAAUCUGGGCCUGCAUUAGCUUCACAUUUAGUUUGUGGCUUGCAUUGUUCCGAGUGAUGUUCAGGAACCAUUGUAGUCAAUAAAAAUUACAUCUUUACAACUGAGGGUCAUCCUCUUCCCGUUUUAAACACUUGAGACUUUCUAAGGCUAUUUACCAAGCAAUCAAACUUCAUUUGGCGUUUUGAAAAGAAUGCCCACUAUUCAGUACAAAGUAUGUAUGGAUAAACUGGUGAAGAUUGGUCAUCUUAAGAAGCAUAGGGAAUGGAGGAAGAUUUGGUCACUAUCAAUACCGCCAAAGAUUCAUACAUUGAUGUGGAGACUCGGUCAAGACUGUACUGAACAGGAGUCGUCUCAGGGAGAAAGGUAUUCCUUGCCUGAAUAUGUGCAUAAACUGUCUUGGAAGCCCGGAAAACAAUUGGUAUGUUUUUUAGUGAGUCUGGAUAGUCACUUGCUGGCAGAAAGUAGGCAUGUAGAAUACCUUCGAGUUGGCUAUGCUCUGGGAGAAAGUUUUUCGAUUUGUUCGUGGAUGCCUUCACCAAUUUACCAAAUGAACAACUCUGUACUUUUGCUAUGAUGGCAUGGAGUAUAUGGAGGAGUAGAAACACUCUUUACUGGGAGGGUAACUAUGAGAAUGACCAGCAAGUGAUAUUUCAUGGGACAGAAGUCCUGAGAGAAAAGUGUCAAAAUGGUACUUAAACUUGUCAUAUAUAGCAUAAAGAGUACAUCAACUAGCAAUAGACUCCCCAGAGUACAUAAACUUGACUUUUAUGUGUUGGUUAAGUACGUCCGUCACAGAGACGUUUAAAAAAGAUGACAUGGCUAGAAAUGUUGCUGAAUUGUUUUACACAUCACCCUGUAGUCUUCAAUAAAACUAAAACCCUAAGGUUUUACCCGCCUCAACAUUUUACGAAGGCAUCGUAUCUUAAAGAUUAAAGAAACUGCAUAAAUGGGACAAAGGCUGGACGGUGAUAGGAGGAGAAAAGCGAGAAACUCAGUGAAGCGAUUCCAUAAUGGAGAAUCAUAAAUCGCAAGAAAGACUAUUAAGAAAUAUGAAAUUUCAUCGAGGCAGAAGCCGGUCUACUAUUUGAGGAUGAGAUUAACACUAAAAAUGAAGACGAUGAGGAGUUGCAGCAAGGUAGGAGACUGUUAAGGCAGUUAGUGACAAAUGAUAAAGGACUCGGAAGAAGAAAGGGUAACAAAGAAGUUAAGGAACACAUCAAUGAGAGUGAUAAGGGGUUGUCUUCGGAUGGAGACAGAUAUGAAACAGAUUACUUUGGUUCAAGUGAUGAAGGAAGUUACAAGACUUGUUCUGAUCAAGAGGAAGACGAAUAUUUCAGAAGGAAAACAAGGUUUCCACCUUUUAGUCCAUUAAAGGUGAAUAUGAAUCAGGAAAGCAACAAUGCAAGUGAACCAUCACAAGAACCAACAGAUCCUUCAAACAGUUUAUUGCAACCAUAUUUCAAGGAUAAUCAAGAAAUGAAUAAUCCAGGUAAUGACAGUGUGUUUCAAUGGAGAGGCAACAAUACGAUCAGUGCAAGUCGCCUAUUGUCACAGAGGUUAAAGUUUAGAAACCAACAUGUUGCUGAAAGUGCUGGAGCUUCUAGGAAAAGGCAUAUGACAGAAAUGGAAGCUUCUGAACAAGUGGACAGUGGUGAGCAAAGUGCGAUAGCAAGAGACAGAUUCAAUGAACUAUAUGAUUCAAUGGAAAAUCUUGGACCCUACAUGUCCCAAGUUAUUGACCCCACGCAAAAGUAGCUAAAAGUAUUUAAAAUACUACUUUUUUUGUAAUUUACCACUUGUAUUAGCAAUUGGUUAUUGAAGGUGCAAAACUGUAUCCAACACCUUUUUUGUAAGCUACAAGUGACUCAAGUAGCAGCCUGUUUUGUUAGAUACAUAUGCUAUGUAGUACUUUUUUGUUUAGAUACAUUUUGAAUGUUCUGUAACUCCUUUUUUGGAAGCAGGAAGUGAUAAUGUUAUUGAAUUUUCUUUUAUUCUGGG